GAUCAAGGACAUGUUGGAUGGGUUCUCAGCGACCAGCCUUACCACUACAACCCCGCUGAUUUGUUGGGUACCAGUCUUGGAAAGUCUCCUGCCUUGAACGAGAGUAUGCUUUCGUCUUCGAUGGACAUGGCUCAUUCAUUUGGUAACUUCCAGCAUCCCAGUCAUGAAUUGUUGCGUGAGAAUGGGUUUAUGCAACACAAAUACCACAAGUACCACGCAAAGGCAUUAAGAGAACGCAAGCAAUCUGGUGUUGGUCAGUCUCAGGAAAUGAACACCCUCUUCCGUUUCUGGUCUCACUUCUUGCGCGAUCACUAUAACAAGCGUAUGUACAAUGAAUUCAAGAAGCUUGCUGUCGAGGAUGCCAACCAGAAUUACAGAUAUGGUCUUGAAUGUCUUUUCCGAUUCUACUCCUAUGGUCUUGAAAAGCGUUUCCGCAGAGAAAUCUUUGAAGAUUUCCAGCAAUUAACUUUGUCCGAUUACGACAAUGGUCACCUAUAUGGUCUCGAGAAGUUCUGGGCCUACCUAUUUUACCGCAAAGACAAAAACAAGCGUGAAUUGAAGCCUUCCGAACGCCUUGAAGCCCUUCUCAGCAAGUUCAAGUCUGCCAAGGACUUUAAG